UUGUUUGAUCAAUUAUCAGCGCGCCGGAGUCCAGGGGUUAUCGCUGAGGGUAAACACUUAGCAGACGUGUAAGCAAAUGUUAAUGUUUCACGGUUUAACGGCCAACAGGGUAAAUCAUACUGGGAAAGUCUCUAACCCCCUCAAUUGAAUUAAUAGGCUGACUGUGCCGCUGUUAGCAAGGUUAGCACGAUAAUCCUCACCCUAAAAGGAUGGCGCCUGUCUUGGUGCUCUGGCUGGCCGUGUCUCUCAGUGGGACGUGGGCUGUGGACAAGGGCAACUUCAAGACCUGUGACCAGAGUUCCUUCUGCAAGCGUCAGCGAGCGUUGAAGCCUGGUGAGUCUCCCUAUCGAGCGCUGCUGGAGACCAUGGAGCUGACCAACACCAGACUCACGCUGCAGCUCAUCAAUGACAACAAUAAGGUGCGUCUGCUGCUCGAGCUCUAUCGUCUCCAGGGAAACAUAACGAGGGUGAAGAUUAAUGAGCUGAAGCCGCUGAAGCUUCGCUAUGAGGUCCCAGACGUGCUCAUCAGGGACCCACCUACUGAGCCCCUGUCUCUCUUGUCUCAGGAUGAGAACGGGGUGGUGCUGUCCCUGGGAGCGGAGUCUCAGAGGGUCAUUGUCAGCGCCCGGCCCUUCCGAUUGGACAUCAUGGAAGGCCGAGAAGUGCUGAUGUCGCUGAACUCACGUGGCCUGUUGGCCUUUGAGCACCUGAGGAUGCGCAAGGACACUUUCUCCUAUAAAGUAACUAGCACAGUGGCUAGCGUGUGGGAUAAUAUCAAGAGGGUAUUCUCUAGCAGUCAGGCAGACCCAGAGGCCGAGAAGAAGGAGGAGACUGACCCGGCAAAGCAGGCCGAGACCGCAAAAGAAGAGGAGGAGAAAGUAGAAGACGGGAUGUGGGAGGAAACCUUUAAAUCUCACUCGGAUAGCAAACCUAAUGGUCCAUCUGCUGUUAGUUUAGACUUUUCGCUGCCAGGUGUGGAGCACGUCUACGGCAUCCCAGAACACGCAGACACCCUCAGACUGAAAACCACAGAAAAUGGAGAUCCAUAUCGCCUCUAUAACCUGGAUGUGUUCCAAUACGAACUGUACAACCCUAUGGCCCUUUACGGCGCUGUCCCAGUCAUGUUGGCCCACAACGCCCAGCGGACCACCGGCAUCUUCUGGCUCAAUGCUGCUGAGACCUGGGUGGAUAUCAGCUCCAACACAGCUGGAAAGACCGUGUUUGGAAAAAUGCUGGAUUAUGUUCAAGGCUCCAGUGAGACUCCACAGACAGAUGUGCGUUGGAUCUCUGAAAGCGGCAUCAUCGAUGUCUUUAUUAUGCUUGGUCCAACACCCAAAGAUGUCUUCGCUCAGUAUGCCUCCCUCACAGGCACCCAGGCCUUCCCUCCCCUCGCUGCUGUGGGUUACCACCAGUGCCGCUGGAACUACAAUGAUCAGGAAGAUGUGACUUCAGUGGAUGCGGGCUUUGAUGAGCAUGACAUCCCCUAUGACUAUAUCUGGCUUGACAUUGAGCACACGGAUGGCAAGCGCUACUUCACCUGGGAUCCACACAAGUUUGCAUCACCAAAGGAGAUGCUGCAGGGUCUCAUGGACAAGAAACGCAAGAUGGUGGCCAUUGUGGACCCUCACAUCAAAGUAGACACCAACUACAAGAUCCAUAAUGAAAUCCGCAGUCGCAGUUUCUAUAUCAAGAAUAAAGAUGGUGGAGACUACGAGGGCUGGUGCUGGCCUGGUAGUGCCGGCUAUCCAGACUUCACCCGUGCUGACAUGAGGGACUGGUGGGCCAGCAUGUUCGCCUACGAUCAGUACGAGGGUUCCAUGGAGAACCUGUACACAUGGAACGACAUGAACGAGCCGUCGGUCUUUAACGGGCCGGAGGUGACCAUGCACAAGGACGCAUUGCACGGAGCCUGGGAGCACCGCGACGUGCACAACUUGUAUGGCUUCUAUGUGCAAAUGGCCACAGCGGAGGGUCUGAUCCAGAGGUCGGGAGGAGUUGAGCGACCAUUUGUCCUGACCAGAGCCUUCUUUGCAGGCUCACAGCGCUACGGUGCUGUGUGGACAGGAGAUAAUGCUGCUGAGUGGGACCAUCUGAAGGUCUCUAUCCCCAUGUGUCUCAGCCUUGGCCUGGUUGGAAUCUCUUUCUGUGGCGCUGACGUUGGUGGUUUCUUCAAGUCUCCGAGCACUGAGCUGUUGGUGCGUUGGUACCAGACCGGGGCGUACCAGCCGUUCUUCAGGGCCCACGCCCACCUGGACACCCCCCGCCGUGAGCCCUGGCUGUUUGGUCCGGAAAACACGGCGCUGAUCCGUGAAGCAGUUCGCCAGCGUUACACCCUCCUGCCCUAUUGGUACCAGCAGUUCUACCACGCACAUCGUACUGGACAGCCCAUAAUGAGACCGCUGUGGGUGGAGUAUCCUGAGGAUCCUGCUACUUUCGCUCUGGAUGACGAGUUCUUAAUCGGGAGAGACCUGUUGGUGCACCCAGUUACUGAAGAAGGAGCCAGGGGAGUCACCGCCUACCUGCCUGGCAAAGAUGAGGUUUGGUUUGACGUCCACACCUUCCAGAAGCACAAUGGGGCCCAGAACCUUUACAUCCCUGUCACCAUCAGUUCUAUCCCCGUGUUCCAGCGUGGCGGCUCCAUUAUUCCCAGGAAGAUUCGAGUUCGCAGGUCUUCCUCCUGCAUGAUGCACGAUCCCUACACUUUAUAUGUGGCUCUUAACCCGCAGAGAACUGCAGAGGGUGAGCUCUACAUAGAUGAUGGCCACACCUUCAACUAUGAAAAGGAGUUCAUCCACAGGAGGCUGUCCUUCGCCAACAACCUCCUCUCUUCUGUCAACCUGGCUCCAGAUGCCCAGUUUUCCACCCGCUCCUGGAUUGAACGCAUCGUCAUACUGGGAGCCAGUAAGCCCAGCAAGGUUAUCCUUAAGACCGAUGAUGGUCAGGAGAGCCAGCUAGAGUUUGACUUUGACUCCUCCAUGUCUGUGUUGACGCUCCGCAAGCCCGGCAUGAACGCAGGGGUAGACUGGAACGUGAUGCUUCAGUAACAAUGGAGACAGGAGAGGAGGAAACAAAUUACUGAAGUGGACUGAACAGGAGAAGAGAGAUGGAGAGGGAGAAAGAUGAGGGAAUAGACACAAGGCGCUGAUGCACAGGACUAACAGCAAGACAACAGGAUAGAAUCAUGAAAAAUAAAGGACAUGAACACAACACAUUAUGUACACAUUGACACACACACACACACACACAAAAACCUGUCAGUCGAACUGAGCCACGUAACAUCGCUGCCGUGUCCCUCUUGUGUUCAGUCAUACUGUAAUAUCUAACUACAUCAAAAGGCUAAUACUAGAUAGAUAAUUAUGUUUGUCUCAUUUUUCAAAUGGUUAACAAUUGAGAAUUGUCAUUGUAAUGAAUCUUUGGGGUAAAGAAAGAACAUUCAGGCACUCGUAUUCUUUUCUUCUUUUUUUAUAGUCUACUUUGUUGUCCAUCCACACAAAGAAGAAAGAUCACUGGGGGAUUGUUUGCCAUUUAAAAUGAAGGUUCACAUUCAAAGCACACAUGCUCCACCUGCUGGUGAUUUCCUCUUAUGUUUCUGCUUUGAUGCUCUUUAAAUAGUCAUUCCACUCCUCUUAGGCCAAGCACUUAAUUCAGCUCAGACCUCGACCUUCUUUACUCGUGCCACAUUUCAUAUAAUUUGGGUAGAGCUUGCCAACAGUCUGCUGUAUGUGUGGCUUUACACUUAACUUUCAUUAACUUGCUGAAUUAGCUGACCAGCUAAUUCUUGUGCAGCCUCAGUGAUGAAUUUGUGUGCAUGGAAAUGAUUCUUUAUCAUCGCUUCAGUAUGGAAGGGCUCGGGUCGUUCAGCUGCUGCACAGAGACGAGAUUUUCAGCUGUUGAGGGAAUCGCUUCAGGGGACUGAACCACUGAUGAUGCUGUUGACAUGCUUCCUUUGUUUUAUCAAGUUCUUUUCUCAGCUUUGUUUACUAGAUUCUUUUUUUAAUGCACUUGAGAUAGAGGGAGAACUUUAAAAGUUGUUUAGAUUUUCAUGUGUUACUAGGUGUCUUGACCUGUCCAGGAUCUCCAGUGCGUCAUUUGGAUCUUAAUGAACGGGCCUAAUUGAAAGAUGUUUCACGAGCAAAUGUUCAUUUAAAGCCUUUUGAUUUCCUGAAUGCACACUGAGUAGUCGUAAAUGUUCAAAUAAUUCUCUGGAGACUCUGGAUUGUGUCCCGUCCAAUCAAAUCAUUGGACCUUUUUUUAGGGUUUUGUUCUGAGUUUUGUCUCAUUGCUUGUUUUUAUGAUCAUUAAUGUACAUGUUGCGGCAAUUGUGUUGAUAAUGGCUUGAAUUGGUGGAAAUGGAAGUGAAGGAACCGACUGUCAAUCAAAGUUGUCAGAUGUACGCUACAAGAUGAGACCAAGUUAAAAUAAAGUUGACCAAAUGUAAAAAGUAUUUUUUUUAUUUUU